AUGGAGCCGCUCUACACCAAGAUGGCCUCCUUCGACAUGGAGGCGCUGCUGCCGGCGCAGAAGUACGGCAUCAAGGUCGCGUUUCUGGGAAUCAUCUUUGUGGGCUUCGGUGUGUACAACAGCGUCGUCAUCCCUGCCAUCUCGGCGGUGGUGAAGGGGCGCAUUCCGGAGCGCGUGAAGCCUCUAGAGAAGCUGUCGGUGAAGGACAAGUUGUACAUUGGUUUCGCCAAGGCGGUGACCGCCGUCUUUGUGUACCACACGUACCAGUUCAUCCGCAACACAGAGGUGAGCCGCAUGUCACCCAACUUCCUGGACUGCCCUGCCGUCGUGCGGUCGGUGAUGUGGCUGCCAGUGCAUCUGCCGGCGCUCUUUAUUAUCUACGACUUUUUCUACACACUGUUCCACUGGGCCCUGCACUGGCCCCCCAUCUACGCCCUCAUCCACAAGCAUCAUCAUCGGCAGAUGUCUCCCUUCCGCGGCAACACCGACGCCAUCAAUGACAACCCAAUCGAGUACGUCUCCGGCGAGUACCUGCACCUGCUGGCGCUGUACCUGCUGACACGUAUGACGCCGGCGGGCCAGGUGCACGCGCUGACAGCCAUCAUCUUCAUCUUUCUUGGCGGCACCCUCGCCAGCCUGAACCACACCCGCGUGGACUUGCACAUCCCGUACAUAUUCAACGUGAAGGCACACGACUACCACCACCGGCAGCCGCGCGUCAACUUUGGGCAGUACAUCAUGUUCUGGGACUGGGUGUUUGGCACCUUCCAGGCCGAGGGGCUGCCCUCGGAGGAGUCGGCGAAGAGUCUCAAGAAGGCAGUGUGA